AGUCAAAAAUGAAGGCGACGAUCGCCACUUCACCACGGCCUUGAAAAUCUUCGAAGUCCAGAAUCACGCAACUGUGCUUGUAGUUUCUAGAACUGCACGCUUCCGAAUCCUUCCCAUAAUUUUUUUUUGUUAGAACUCUGUUGAUCAUUAUUUGCGUCACUCUAUAACAAAAUCCAAUCCAAUACACAACAAACCAUCAUAUUUGCAGUUAAAGUUCGGUUCUUUCUUCUCUCUUUUGAUUUUUGAACUUCUUUAAACUUCGAAUUUGAGAAGAUGGAGCAGAAUCGUGAGGCUUUGCAGCGCAUCGCGAGAAUCGCUGGUCAUCUGAACCCAAACCUUCAGAUGGAGGAGAGUUCGUCGCUGAGGCCAUCGGAUUGUCGGUCAAAAGGAGGAGCUCCUGGAUUCAAAGUGGCGAUUUUGGGUGCAGCAGGGGGAAUAGGUCAGCCCCUUGCAAUGCUGAUGAAGAUGAAUCCUCUGGUGUCAGUUCUUCAUCUCUAUGAUGUUGUUAAUGCUCCAGGUGUUACUGCAGAUAUCAGCCACAUGGACACGGGUGCUGUGGUACGAGGCUUUUUAGGUCAGCCACAGUUGGAAAAUGCACUCACAGGAAUGGAUCUUAUUCCUAGAAAACCAGGAAUGACAAGGGAUGAUUUAUUUAACAUUAAUGCUGGAAUUGUUCGGACCCUCUGUGAGGGCAUUGCCAAAUGCUGUCCUAAUGCAAUUGUUAAUUUGAUCAGCAAUCCAGUAAACUCUACUGUUCCUAUUGCAGCAGAGGUAUUUAAGAAGGCAGGCACCUAUAAUCCUAACCGCCUCUUAGGGGUGACAACCCUUGACAUUGUGAGAGCCAAUACUUUCGUGGCCGAAGUAUUGGGACUUGAUCCUCAGGAGGUUAAUGUUCCUGUUGUUGGUGGACAUGCAGGGGUUACAAUAUUACCCCUAUUGUCGCAGGUGAAACCUUCAUGUUCCUUCACUUCAGAAGAAAUUAACUAUUUGACCGAUCGCGUACAGAAUGGGGGAACAGAAGUAGUUGAGGCAAAAGCUGGGGCUGGGUCUGCAACCCUCUCAAUGGCUUAUGCUGCUGCUAAAUUUGCAGAUGCAUGCUUGAGAGGAUUGAGGGGUGAUACCAACAUUGUAGAAUGCUCAUUUGUGGCUUCUCAGGUGACAGAGCUACCAUAUUUUGCCACAAAAGUAAGAUUAGGUCGUGGUGGGAUUGAGGAGAUUUUCCCCCUUGGGCCCUUGAAUGAGCUUGAAAGGGCUGGUUUGGAGAAGGCGAAGAAAGAGUUAGCAGAAAGCAUUAUGAAGGGCAUUUCUUUCAUUAGAAAAUGAGAGAACAGGAUUUGUUUAAGGUAUAAAUCAUAAAACAAAUACGAGCCUUUUACAUUCUAUUUUUUGUUUCUACAUGCGCUGCCACAGUAUGCUUUCAUGUAAUUCUGUGACCACUGAAGAAAUACUUGAGGGGAAAAUACCCUCCGAACAUACUAAAUGAAUAGAGAAUAAUAUUUUUUGUUUCA